GUUUCGGUUCAUUUUAAAGUUUGCCAUACCAGAAACUACACUAAAUGUCCAAAUGGAUUUAUAUGGUAUUUGUUAUAUUCCUUUUUGUGCCACAUAGGCAUAGUUUUAAAAAUAAUGAUCCCUCGGUGAAUAAGGAAAUCAAUGUCGAGCGGAUCAAAUUACGGGCGCCAUGCAAUCGAUGCGAUGGGUUACCAUUUGACCAUUUUCCCUAUAUUCCACCACCGCCCCCACCUCCACCAGCACCAAAACCGAAACCACCGCCCCCACCUCCACCAAAACCAAAACCACCGCCCCCACCUCCACCUCCACCUCCACCAAAACCAAAACCACCGCCGCAAACUUUACCACCCACAACACCUCCACCACCCCCAACACCUCCACCACCUCCACCACCUACAGCACCACCACCACCACCCUCUGUACCAAUACCUUCUGGCCAGGAUUCAGGAAUACGCCACCCACAACUAGGAUGGAGUCCGCCUUAUGGACCAUCAAAUCCAGGUGGAUAUCCACCUGGAUCACAUAUACCUCCUGAUUCUGGGUUACAUCCUUCACUACCGGGCUGGAUUACGCUUCCUGUGGCUCCAAAUCCGGGGGGGCAUCCACCAAAUUCACAAAUGCCUCCUUAUUCAGGAUUAAACCCUCCACUAGCGGGCUGGAUUCUGCCCCAUGGGCCACCAAAUCCUGGUGGAUCGCAGAUGCGUCCUGGAUCCCAGAUGCCUCCUAGUUCAGGAUUAAACCCUCCACUACCGGGCUGGAUUCUGCCUCCUGCGCCACCAAAUCUAGGUGGACAUCAGCCAGGAUCACAGCUGCCUCCUAAUUUAGGAACAAACCCUUCAUUACCGGGCUGGAAUCUGCCUCCUGCGCCACCAAGUCUAGGUGGACAUCCACCAGGAUCACAGAUGCCUCCUAGUUUAGGAACAAACCCUUCAUUACCGGGCUGGAAUCCGCUUCCUGCCCCACCAAAUCAAGAACAUCCACCAGGAUCACAGAUGCCUCCUAAUUUAGGAACAAACCCUUCAUUACCGGGCUGGAUUCUGCCUCCUGCGCCACCAAGUCUAGGUGGACAUCCACCAGGAUCACAGAUGCCUCCUAGUUUAGGAACAAACCCUUCAUUGCCGGGCUGGAAUCCGCUUCCUGCCCCACCAAAUCAAGAACAUCCACCAGGAUCACAGAUGCCUCCUAAUUUAGGAACAAACCCUUCAUUACCGGGCUGGAUUCUGCCUCCUGCACCACCAAGUCUAGGUGGACAUCCACCAGGAUCACAGCUGCCUCCUAAUUUAGGAACAAACCCUUCAUUACCGGGCUGGAUUCUGCCUCCUGCACCACCAAGUCUAGGUGGACAUCCACCAGGAUCACAGAUGCCUCCUAAUUUAGGAAUAAACCCUCCACUACCGGGCUGGAUUCUGCCUCCUGCGCCACCAAGUCUAGGUGGACAUCCACCAGGAUCACAGCUACCUCCUAGUUUAGGAAUAAACCCUUCAUUACCGGGCUGGAAUCCGCUUCCUGCACCACCAAAUCAAGAACAUCCACCAGGAUCACAGAAGCCUCCUAAUUCAAAAUUACCCCUUCCCCCCGCCAGCUGGAUUCCGCCUUCUGGACCGUCAAAUCUAGGUGGACAUCCACCAGGACCACAGAAGCCUCCUAAUUCAAAAUUACCCCUUCCUCCCGCCGGCUGGAUUCGGCCUCCUGGACCACCAAGUAAUGGUGGAUAUCCACCAGGAUCACAGAAGCCUCCUAAUUCAAAAUUACCCCCCCAACGACCUUCUGGACCACAAAAACCGAAGCCCACAAAACCAGAUAAUUCUUCACCUGAGAAUAUAAAUAUAAAUGAAGUACACAUCCCAAACGCAGUUUUGUCCGAGCCCAUAUCCUGAAAAUGCCGCAGCUCUGUCAAAUGUGUAACAAGGAGUAAUAUAAGAGACCAGAAACACUUUGUCAAAAUUGCAAUUAAAAUGUUUUUAAAAAUAUUAAAGUAGUAAUAUACUUUAUAACAUAUAUAAUCACCAAUUUACGUAAAUAUUUAACACAUUGGUUGUACGUAAAAAAGCUUAAUAAAAAUUUACAAGCCGA